CUAAAAUAUAAAAAUAUACUAUCAUCCCUACCGCUAAGUGACGUGUAAGCGCAGCCAGAAAACCAUUUCAAUUGUUUUUAGCCACGAUUUAACCGAGAAAAUGGGUUCGUUCCGCCGCGACAAAGACGAGGAGGAGGACGCAGGACCGAGCAAUGCGUACCAGAAUCUGGAGAAGACUUCGGUGCUCCAGGAGACGCGCACCUUCAACGAGACGCCGGUGAACGCGCGGAAGUGCAUCCACAUCCUGACCAAGAUCCUGUACCUGAUCAACCAGGGCGAGCAGCUGGUGGCCCGCGAGGCCACCGAUUGCUUCUUCGCGAUGACGAAGCUCUUCCAGUCCAAGGACGUGGUGCUGCGCCGCAUGGUCUACUUGGGCAUCAAGGAGCUGAGCUCCAUUGCCGAGGACGUGAUCAUCGUGACCAGCUCGCUGACGAAGGACAUGACCGGCAAGGAGGAUCUCUACAGGGCCGCCGCCAUCCGAGCCUUGUGCAGCAUCACCGACAACACCAUGUUGCAGGCCGUGGAGCGCUACAUGAAGCAGUGCAUCGUGGACAAGAACGCGGCGGUCUCUUGCGCCGCCUUGGUCAGCUCCCUGCGACUGGCCAGCACCGCCGGCGACGUGGUCAAGCGGUGGGCCAACGAGGCCCAGGAGGCCCUGAACAGCGACAACAUCAUGGUGCAGUACCACGCCUUGGGGCUGCUCUACCACAUCCGCAAGUCGGAUCGGCUGGCGGUGUCCAAGUUGGUCAACAAGCUGACCAGGGGUUCUCUGAAGAGUCCCUACGCCGUGUGUAUGUUGAUACGCAUUGCCUGCAAGCUGAUCGAGGAGGAAGACAUUCCCACCGAGGAGCUGUCCGACUCGCCCUUGUUCACGUUCAUCGAGUCCUGUCUGCGCCACAAGAGCGAGAUGGUCAUCUACGAGGCCGCGCACGCCAUCGUCAACCUGAAGAACACUAAUCCGCGAAUGCUGUCGCCGGCGUUCUCCAUCCUCCAGCUAUUCUGCAGCUCGCCGAAGGCCACGCUGCGCUUUGCUGCUGUGCGCACGCUCAACAAGGUGGCCAUGACGCACCCGGCGGCGGUGACCACCUGCAAUCUGGACUUGGAGGGUCUCAUCACGGACUCCAAUCGAUCGGUGGCCACGCUGGCCAUUACCACGCUGUUGAAGACCGGCGCCGAAUCAUCGGUGGAGCGCCUGAUGAAGCAGAUCUCCACGUUUGUGGCCGAGAUCUCCGACGAGUUCAAGGUGGUGGUGGUGCAGGCUAUUUGUGCCCUGUGCACCAAGUAUCCGCGUAAGCACACGGUGCUGAUGAACUUCCUCAGCGGUAUGCUACGCGAAGAGGGCGGUCUGGAGUACAAGACCUCCAUUGUGGACACCAUAAUCACCAUUAUCGAGGAGAAUGUGGAUGCCAAGGAGUCCGGUUUGUCGCACCUAUGCGAGUUCAUCGAGGACUGCGAGCACGUGUCGCUCGCUGUGAGGAUUCUUCACCUGCUGGGCAAAGAGGGACCCUUUGCGGCCACGCCCUCCAAGUACAUACGCUUCAUCUACAACCGCGUCAUCCUGGAGAGUCCCAUUGUGCGAGCAGCUGCAGUCACGGCAAUGGCCCAGUUUGGAGCCUCUUGUCCGGCUCUGUUGAGCAAUAUUCUUGUUCUGCUGGGUCGUUGCCAGAUGGAUCCGGACGACGAGGUGCGGGAUAGGGCAACUUACUACCUGAGCAUCCUUAACUCGGAGAGGCCAGAGCUCUACAAGAACUACAUCAUCGAGCGGGAGAAUUGCUCACUGGCUCUGCUGGAAAAAUCGCUGGUCGACCAUCUGAAUGGCGAUCUAGAGACGCGCUUCGACAUUUCCAUUGUGCCCAAGGCGGCCAUCGUGAAGCCGGUGAUUGCCAACGAUGUAAUGCUGGUGACCAGCACUGCACCGCGACCUCCGAAGAUCACGCGCGAGGAGGAGAGCGCCGCCCGUUUGGCCCAGCUGCCGGGAAUCCAGGUGCUGGGCCCCAUCCAUCGCAGCACCGCUCCCAUCCAGCUGACCGAAAGCGAAACGGAGUACACGGUGCAGUGCAUCAAACACAUCUUCGGCCAGCACGUGGUCUUCCAGUUCGACUGCUUGAACACCCUGUCCGAUCAAUUCCUGGAGAAUGUGCGCGUGGAGCUGACUCUGCCCGAAGGAUUCACGACCAGGGCGGUCAUUCCGUGUCCCAAGUUGCCCUACAACGAUCUGCAGACCACAUUCGUCAUCGUGGAGUUCCCGCCCGAUGCAGCCAGUUCCAUAGCUACCUUUGGCGCCACUUUGCGAUUUGUGGUCAAGGACUGCGAUCCCAACACCGGAGAGCCGGAUUCGGAAGAAGGCUAUGACGACGAGUACAUGCUGGAAGACCUGGAGCUCACUGUGGCCGACCAGAUACAGAAGACCAAGAAGAACAAUUUCCAAGUGGCCUGGGAUGCGGCCGACAGCGAAGAAUGGCUGCAAGCCGAGGACACCUUCGUGCUGUCGGCAGUCACCACCUUGCAGGAUGCGGUCAACACCAUAGUGAAGAUACUGGGAUUGGGCGCAGCAAAUCUCUCUGAAAAGGUGCCCGAGGGUACUCACCUGCAUACGUUGCUCUGCUCAGGAACCUUCAGGGGCGGCGCCGAUGUGCUGGUCCGGGCCAAGCUGGCACUUUCUGAGGGCGUAACGCUGAACCUGACCGUGCGCAGCACAGAUCAGGACGUGGCGGAGCUCAUUACGGCGGCAAUCGGAUAAGACAGCGAGCCAUGCAGGGAUCUCGUCUGGUUCCUGCGUGCUGUCAACAUAAUCUAAAAUCCAACUAUGAAACAGAAAGCUACACUUAAUCAAAAAUAUAAUUUGUACCUUU